UACGGGAGGAGGGAGGGGAGGCACAGAGACCCUGGCGGACAGCAGAGGGAGGUUGGACCGGGAACAAUAGAGAGGAACGAAGCCAGCCUUGAAACRGCAAACAAACCGAGAGGGCGACGGAAAGAAAGGAGCCCAGAGGGGCUGAUGGAGGGAGAGGUGCACACGGAGGACAUGUGAAGAACACAGACGUCGGGGCUUCGCUUUCUCUCUUUAUUAUCGGCGGAUUGGAUUAAACCGGAUUCCGGCAUGAACCCCGCAGAAGCGGCCGAGGAGGCGCCCAGCGACCCCGACACCGAUGCCUUCUACAAAACAGGCUCCCUCAGGACUGAAGGCAUAAAGGCGUCUGAUGUUUUGCCAGUGCUGAAGGAGAAAGUCGCCUUCGUGUCGGGUGGGCGAGAUAAAAGAGGAGGACCAAUUCUGACAUUUCCAGCCAGGAGCAACCACGACCGAAUAAAACAGGAGGAACUGAGGCGGCUGGUCACCUACCUGUCUACUGUCCCCAGUGAGGAUGUGUGCAAACGGGGAUUCACUGUCAUCAUCGACAUGCGAGGAUCGAAGUGGGAGCUAAUCAAGCCUCUGCUGAAGACGCUGCAGGAGUAUUUCCCAGCCGAUAUCUGCGUGGCUCUCAUCAUCAAACCAGACAACUUCUGGCAGAAACAGAAGACCAACUUUGGAAGUGCAAAGUUCUCCUUUGAGCAGACCAGUAUGGUUUCAGUAGAAGGCCUGGCCAAACUGGUGGAUCCCUCACAGCUAACCGAAGACUUCGAAGGCUCUCUGGACUACAACCACGAGGAAUGGAUCGAGCUGAGGGUGUCUCUAGAGGAGUUCAUGUCCAAUGCUGUUCAUCUGCUGUCUAGACUGGAGGACCUUCAGGAACUUCUGUCCAUAAAAGACUUUCCUGCAGAUGUAGAAGGAUCCCGGCGGUUAAUAGAGGAGCACACACAGCUGAAGAAAAAGGUGCUAAAGGCUCCAGUGGAGGAGUUGGACCGGGAAGGCCAAAGGUUGCUUCAGUGCAUUCGAUCCAGUGAUGGAUUUUCUGGAAGGAACUGCAUCUCAGGUUCUGCUGACUUUCAGAGUCUGGUACCCAAGGUGGCCAGUCUGCUCGAUAAGCUCCACUCCACAAGGCAGCACCUCCAUCAGAUGUGGCACGUCAGGAAGCUGAAACUGGACCAGUGCUUCCAGCUGCGCCUCUUUGAGCAGGAUGCUGAGAAAAUGUUCGACUGGAUCAGCCACAACAAGGAGGUGUUUCUGCAGAGCCACACAGAGAUCGGUCGCAGUUACCAGUACGCUGUGGAGCUGCAGACGCAGCACAACCACUUUGCCAUGAACUCUAUGAAUGCCUACGUAAACAUCAACAGAAUCAUGUCAGUGGCGAGCCGGCUGGCUGAGGCCGGCCACUAUGCCUCCACGCAGAUCAAGCAGAUCUCCAGUCAGCUGGAUCAGGACUGGAAAAGUUUUGCUGCUGCACUUGACGAACGCUCCACCAUCCUCGCCAUGUCCUCCGUCUUUCAUCAGAAGGCUGAGCAGUUCCUGUCCGAGGUGGAGACCUGGUGUAAAGUGUGCAGUGAGGGUGGGUUACCGUCGGAGAUGCAGGAGCUGGAGAUCGCCAUCCAUCGGCACCAGAGCCUGUAUGAGCAGGUGACCCAGGCUUACACCGAGGUGAGUCAGGAUGGGAAAGCUCUGCUGGACGUGCUGCAGAGACCUCUGAGUCCAGGCAACUCCGACUCCCUCACAGCAACGGCUAACUACUCCAAAGCGGUUCACUGCAUCCUGGACGUGGUGCAUGAGGUCCUUCACCAUCAGCGGCGUCUGGAGAACAUUUGGCAACAUCGAAAGGUCCGACUGCACCAGCGGCUGCAGCUGUGCGUGUUCCAGCAAGAUGUGCAGCAGGUUCUGGACUGGAUAGAAAACCACGGGGAAGCUUUCCUCAGCAAACACACAGGUGUUGGAAAAUCCCUCCAUCGAGCCCGAGCCCUGCAGAAAAGACACGAUGACUUUGAAGAUGUAGCCCAGAACACAUACACCAAUGCAGACAAGCUGCUGGAGGCGGCCGAGCAGCUGGCACAAACGGGAGAAUGCGACCCAGAGGAAAUCUACAAGGCCGCCCGACACCUGGAGGUGCGGAUCCAGGACUUUGUUCGGCGGGUGGAGCACAGGAAGCUGCUGCUCGACAUGUCUGUCUCCUUCCACACACACACCAAGGAGCUGUGGUCGUGGAUGGAGGAGCUGCAGAAGCAGCUGCUGGAAGACGUGAGCUGCGACUCGGUGGACUCGGUUCAGACUCUGAUUCAGCAGUUCCAGCAGCAGCAGACGGCCACACUGGAGGCCACGCUCAACGUGAUCAAAGAGGGAGAGGAACUGAUGCAGCAGCUCAGAGAUGCAGCCAUGUCGACCAGCAAGACGCCACACUGCAGUUCCAUUGCGCACAUCCAGGGGGUGCUGCAGCAGCUGGACGAGGCCCAGGGCCAGAUGGAGGAGCUGUUCCACGAGCGCAAAAUCAAGCUGGACAUUUUUCUGCAGCUGCGCAUCUUUGAGCAGUACACGCUAGAGGUGACAGCAGAGUUGGACGCCUGGAACGAGGAUCUGUCCCGUCAGCUGAGCGACACCAACCGUUCGGGUGGCAGCAGCAGCAGCGGCAGCAGCAGCUCCUCCUCAGGCGGUGCAGAAGACAUAAGCCUGGCAGAGCAGCGGCUGAAGCGGCACGCAGAGAGGAAGACUGCCAUGAACAACAUGGCCUACGAGGUGAUGCAGCAGGGUCAGGACCUCCACCAGUACAUCAUGGAGGUCCAAGCGUCAGGGAUUGAGUUGACAGGAGAGAAGGACAUGGACCUGGCCUCUCAGGUCCAGGAGCUGCUGGAGUUCCUCCACGAGAAGCAGCAGGAAGUCGACAUCAGCACGCAGCAUACACACACGCGGCUGGAGCAGACCUUGCAGCUACGCCACCUACAGGCUGAGGUUAAACAGGUACUGGGUUGGAUCCGUAACGGUGAGUCCAUGUUGAAUGCCAGCAUGGUGAACGCCAGCUCUCUGUCUGAAGCCGAACAGCUGCAGAGGGAGCAUGAACAGUUCCAGAUGGCUAUAGAGUCUCUCUUUCACGCCACUUCCCUCCAAAAGACUCAUCAGAGUGCGCUGCAGGUGCAGCAGAAGGCUGAGAUGAUGCUGCAGGCGGGUCACUAUGAUCCCGAGGCGAUCCGAAGCUGUGCCGAGAAGGUGGCUGUCCACUGGCAGCAGCUGAUGCUGAAGAUGGAGGACCGCCUGAAGCUGGUCAACGCCUCCGUGGCCUUCUACAAAACAUCAGAGCAGGUGUGCAGUGUGCUAGAGAGCCUCGAGCAGGAGUACCGGCGGGACGAAGACUGGUGUGGCAGCCACGAAAAACUCGGGAGUUCAGUAGAGAGUGAGCACCUGCUGCCCCUGAUCAGCAAACACCUGGAGCAGAAGGAAGCCUUUCUGAAGGCGUGCACGCUGGCUCGGAGGAAUGCUGAGGUCUUCCUCAAAUACAUCCACAGAAACAAUGUGAGCACACCUGGAGCAGCAGGCCAUGCUAGAGGACCUGAGCAGCAGGUCAAAGCCAUUCUGAACGAGCUGCUGCAGAGGGAAAACCGGGUUCUGCACUUCUGGACGUUGAAGAAACGAAGGCUGGACCAGUGUCAGCAGUACCUGGUGUUUGAACGCAGCGCUAAACAGGCUCUGGACUGGAUCCAAGAGACAGGAGAUGUUUACCUCGCUACACACACAUCACCUGGAGCCAGCAGUGAGGAAACCCAGCAGCUGCUCAAUGACUACCAUCACUUCAGACUUUCUGCUAAGCAAACCAAGGAAAAGGUGAAGCUUCUGAUCCAGCUGGCGGACAACCUGGUGGAGAAAGGCCACGCCCACGUGUCGGAGCUGAAGCGCUGGGUCAGCACGGUGGACCGCAGGUACCGAGACUUCUCCCUCCGCAUGGCCAAGUACCAGGAGAGCCUGGAGAGGAGCCUGGGCAUCAGCUCCGAGGAGAACAAGGACCUGGAGCUGGACAUCAUGCCUGCGAGUUUGACCGACGACCCCGAGGUCAAACUCCGCGAUCCAAACCACGAGGUCGACGAGGAGAAGAGAAAGUCGGCCAGGAAGAAAGAGUUCAUCAUGGCGGAGCUGCUGCAGACGGAGAAGGCCUACGUCAGGGAUCUCCAGGACUGUCUAGAAACCUACCUGAGGGAGAUGACCAGCGGUGAAGAGGAGAUUCCUCCAGGCAUCGCUAACAAGGAGCAGAUUAUUUUUGGCAACAUGCAGGAGAUCUACGACUUCCACAACAAUAUUUUCCUGAAGGAGCUGGUGAACUACGAGCAGCUGCCGGAGGACGUGGGCCACUGCUUCGUCACCUGGGCUGAUAAGUUCCACAUCUAUGUGGACUACUGCAAGAACAAACCCGACUCCAGUCAGCUCAUCCUGGAGCACGCUGGCAGCUUCUUUGAUGACAUUCAGCAGAGACGUGCGCUGGCAAACACACUCAACUCCUACCUCAUCAAACCGGUCCAGAGGAUCACAAAGUACCAACUUCUGUUAAAGGAGCUGCUGUCUUGCUGUGAAGAGGGUAAAGGGGAGAUCAAAGACGGCUUGGAGGUGAUGCUCAGCGUUCCUAAGAGAGCCAAUGAUGCCAUGCACUUAGCCAUGCUGGAGGGCUUUGAGGAGAACCUGGAGGUUCAGGGUGAGCUGAUCCUGCAGGACAGCUUCCAGGUUUGGGACCCGCGCGCACUGAUCCGGAAGGGCCGGGACCGACACCUCUUCCUGUUCGAGUUCUCGUUGGUCUUCAGCAAAGAGAUCAAAGACUCGGCGGGAAGAACCAAGUACCAAUACAAGAACAGACUACUGACGGCAGAGCUCGGGGUGACCGAGCACAUAGAGGGCGACCCAUGUAAAUUUGCCCUGUGGGCAGGAAGAACCCCGUCUUCUGAUAACAAAACUGUGCUAAAAGCAUCCAGCAUGGAAGCCAAACAGGAAUGGAUAAAAAACAUCCGUGAGGUGAUCCAAGAGAGAAUGACUCACCUGAAGGGGGCGCUGAAGGAGCCUCUUCAUCUGCCUAAAGCGCCUGCACUGACUAAGCCCAGGAACUUCUCUAAGAGGGAGGGAGGGGAAGAUGGAGACAGUCAGGGAGACGGCAGCAGCCAACCAGAUACCAUCUCCAUCGCCUCCAGGACGUCCCAGAACACCAUAGACAGCGACAAGCUCUCCGGUGGGUGUGAGCUGACCGUGGUCCUCCAGGACUUCACAGCAGGAUGCAGCACAGAACUGUCCAUCAGCACAGGCCAGACUGUAGAGCUGUUGGAGCGGCCCACAGAGCGGCCCGGCUGGUGUCUGGUCCGGACCACCGAGCGCAGCCCGCCUCAGGAGGGGCUCGUCCCCAGCUCGGCUCUCUGUGUCUCUCAUUCUCGGUCCAGUGUUGAGAUGGACUGCUUCUUCAGCUCAGGGAAAGAAAACUACCAUGUGAGCAGCUCUGACAGGAAGACCGAGUCUGUAGCGAACCUGCAGCCACAGCCGUCCCUCAACUCCAUUCAAUCCAGCUCUCCAAACGUUUCCAAACGUUCUGGAAACCAGAAGUGGAAGUGGCUGCCCAGUUCAGGCCGCAGGAUCAGCUCCGGCAAGAAACCACCCAGCACUAAGCAGAAGAAGCCAGAACUUGGUUCUGGAAGAGAUGGCAGUGGAAAGGCUAGUGAGCGCAGUCAGCCAGGAAAGGAGGACAAUGAAGAGAGAGUAAGCAUCAAGGAUGGGAACCCUCCAUCCAAGCAGUCUCCUGGGAUACAGAGUGGUGGGGAGGAGGAGCCAGAGCCAGAUGAUGAGCCCCACCUUCCUCUUCCUCCACCCAUGGAGAUCAUGAAGGACCCCUCAGCUUCAGAAGAAAAGUCUUCAUCCUUGCUAACAUCUCUGCAGUCGUCCUCUGACGUCCCCAGCGCUGCAGAGCUGGUUAGCGCCAUAGAGAAGUUGGUUAAAACCAAGAUGACGGUGGAACCGUACCCAGGCUUCACCCCCCCAUCUCCACCGGAACAACACACACCGGUUCAGGCACGGAACUCCGAACAGGACCAGAAAGCCAAAGCUAUGAGACACCGGACGUUUGUCCUGAACGAGCUCAUUCAGACAGAGAAGGACUACGUCAAAGACCUGGGAAUCGUGGUGGAGGGAUUCAUGAAGCGGAUAGAAGAGAAGGGCGUUCCAGAGGACAUGAAGGGAAAAGAGAAAAUAGUAUUUGGGAACAUCCACCGCAUCUAUGACUGGCACAGAGAGUUCUUUGUCGGAGAGCUUGAGAAGUGUGUUGACGACAACGGGCUCCUCGCAGAACUUUUCAUCAAGCACGAGAGAAGACUGCACAUGUAUGUGGUUUACUGUCAGAAUAAACCCAAAUCGGAGUACAUCGUUGCAGAGUAUGACAAAUUCUUUGAGGGGAUCCAGCAGGACAUUCAGUCCAAACUGACCAUCAGCGAUUUCCUCAUUAAACCCAUCCAGAGAAUUACCAAAUACCAGCUGCUGCUAAAGGACUACCUGAAAUACAGCUCUAAGGCUGGCGUGGACUGUAAGCAAAUCGAGAAAGCUGUGGAGUUGAUGUCUGAGGUUCCUAAGCUCUGCAACGACAUGAUGAAUCUGGGCCGGCUUCAGGGAUAUGAGGGAAAUCUGGCCAAUCAGGGCAAACUGCUGCAGCAGGAAACCUUCUUUGUGACGGAGCAAGAUGCUGGAGUCUUGUCGCGAUCCAAAGAACGCAGAGUCUUCCUCUUUGAGCAAAUCGUCAUCUUCAGUGAACUGCUCAGGAAAGGCUCAUCCACACCUGGCUACCAGUUCAAAAAGUCCAUUAAGGUGACCAACCUGGGUCUGGAGGAAACUGUCGACAACGAUGCCUGCAAAUUCGUCAUGUUCUCUCGCGGCUCAUCGGAGCGCUUCACUCUGCAGGCCGCCAACGUCGACACCAAGCAGGUCUGGAUCCAUCACAUCCAGAACAUCCUGGAUGCUCAGAAUGACUUCCUGUCAGCUCUGCAGUCUCCCAUUGUGUACCAGCAGUGUCAAAGCACUGGCUCCUCUCUGAUCAGACGGCCCUCAUCGUCAGGAAACCGGCCAUCAUCAUCCUCCCACAGCCGGCCGUCCUCAGCUCUGGACGGCCGGCUGGACUUCGGUGAGAAGAGCCCUUUAAAAGUGUCUACCUCCAAUGGCAGCUCCGCUUGCUUUGAAUCCAGUCACGAUGACUGUAACGGCCUCUUCUCCACCAUGCGGGUCACUCAGGACUACUCUGCACUCAAAGAGAACGAGAUAUGCGUCAGCAGAGGAGACGUGGUCCAAGUCCUGACCAUCAAUCAGCAGAACAUGUACCUCGUUUUUCGGCCGGCCGACAGCCAGUCACCUGAGGCCGAGGGCUGGUUGCCGGGACACGUCCUGGGCCCGCCCACAAAGUCCAUAAAAGACUCUUUCUCCACUUCCUCCUUCCCAGCCGCUGUGGCAGAUGCCAACAACAUCAAGAAGUCUUUGUCAUGGAACACGCUACGCGCUAGGAAACGUGCUGAAUCCAGGGACAGCUCCUUUCUGGGGUUCAGGAGUCAGGAGAACAGCCUCCUCCGCAAACCCAAAGAUGGCGCAGUCUCCCCCCUCCCGCUAGCCCUGCCAAGCCCCAGCCACAAGGCUAAAGAUCUGCACACCUCUGACGAGUCAGAAAGUGAGGAAGACCUUGACCCAAAGACGGGCAUGGAGCUUCUUAACCCAAACUUCAUCCAGGAAGUGGCCCCUGAAUUCCUGGUACCGCUGUCGGAUGUGGCGUGUGCGUUUGGGGAGACAGUCGUCCUUUGCUGUAAAGUCUGUGGACGACCCAAACCCACAGUGACCGUGAAGGGCCCCGACCAGAACCCGGUCACCAGUAACAACCGCUUCACCAUUGAUAUCAGGGACACUGGUGACAUCCUGAUGAAGAUCUGCAACUUAAUGCCUCAGGAUACAGGGAUCUACACCUGUGUUGCUGUUAAUGAUCACGGCUCUGCUUCUUCCUCUGCGUCUAUUAAAGUUCAAGGUAUCCCAGCAGCCCCAGGAAGGCCUCUGGCUCAGGAGGCGAGCAGCACCACGGUGCUGGUCCACUGGCCUCCUCCAGCUUCAUCUGCUCACUGCGCCAUCACCAGUUACGCUGUAGAGUACAGACAGGAAGACUCGUUCCUGUGGCAGCAGGCGGCCAGCUGCAGGGAGGAGUGUGUCCAGAUCGAUAAUCUUAUUCCUGGAGGUCACUAUCAAUUCAGAGUUCGAGCCUCCAACCGCUGGGGGGUUGGCCCUCCAUCACAACCCUCAAACAUGGUCACACUGGGCAGCUGCACCUCUGGGUGCGAUGGAACAGGGAUUCAUUGGAAAGAAAGUUUUGAGUCAGUCUUCACUGAGAUCAGCGAGAUUGGAAGGGGGCGCUUUUCAGUCGUGAGAAAAUGUUUGAGCAAAUCAACAAAGAAAGAGGUUGCUGUUAAGUUUGUGAAUAAGAAGAUGCAGAAGAAAGAGCAGGUAGCUCAUGAAGCAGACAUCCUCCGACAUGUCCAGAAUCACCAGCUGGUGGCGCUGCUGGACACUUAUGAGUCUCCUACCUCUCUGAUGCUCGUCCUGGAGCUGCUAGAAGAUGGACGUUUGCUUGAGUAUCUCGUUGCCCACGAUGAGCUGAUGGAAGAGAAAGUAGCAUUUUUUAUCAGAGAAACUUUGGAGGCUCUCCAGCACCUUCAUACCUGCAGAGUGGCACAUCUGGAUCUCAAGCCUGAGAACAUCAUGGUGGAUCUUAGAGCUCCGGCUCCAUCUGUCAAGCUCAUCGACCUUGGUGACGCUGUCCAGCUCUCUGCUAGCCGCCGAUAUGUCCACCUCUUGCUCGGAAACCCAGAGUUUGCAGCCCCCGAGCUCAUCCGAGGUAUGCCGGUCUCUGUUUCGACAGACGUGUGGAGCAUGGGCGUGCUGGCCUACGUGAUGCUCAGUGGCGUAUCCCCAUUUCUGGAUGAGUCACCAGAGGAAACAUGUGUAAACAUUUGCCGCCUGGACUUCUGCUUCCCGGAUGAAUACUUCCAUCAUGUAAGUCAGGCGGCCAGGGAUUUUGUGUCUUCGGUGCUGCAGGAGGAUCCCAGGAAGAGGCCUAGUGCCACUUCAUGUUUACAACACCCGUGGGUGGGCCGGGGGGGCGCUCAAGGAGGGGAGUACUCCAAGACGCCCCUGGACAGGUCAAGGUUGGCCACAUUCAUCGAUAGGAGAAGACAGUUACACGAUGUCCGUCCCAUCACCAAUAUCAAAGGUUUGGUGAGCAGCACUAUGGGCAACACACUGUGAUGGAGAGAACCAUGAACAGUUAGUCCAUCCGUGAACACCAACACUGAAAUGUCUUUACUACUUUACUGUCUUAUGGACUUAUGAGUAAAAAACACUUUCCCAUUUGGUCCAACUUACAACAAUCUUCUUGAAUCUGGACGGGUCACUAUUUGUAAAACUAUUUGUGGCUCAAAACAGUUAUUUAUUCCACAACUUGUUAGUUUAUUUAUUUUUUUUGUUUGUUUGCUUUAAAAUACAUCCACUAUAACCCAAAGAAAUCAUCUCAGCCAUGUAGAAAGAGAUGAAAACACUCUGGAAUCACUAAACAGGAGCCAUCGCUUCUUAGCCACAAUGUCCGUAUUUACACCAAGAUUUACAGGCUGUAUUUAUAGAAGAGAAGCUAAAGUUAUUUUUCAUGUAAAUUGUUCACAUCUUACAGAAAACUUUGACAAAGCCAACAAGCAUCCUGCACUUUCAUCCGUUUCUGUGGCAAAGACGUGAACAAAAACUACUGAAAAAUGUAGUGGCAUAAUCUCACAAUGAACAAUUAUUAUAUAUCAUUAUAUUAAUCCAAUUGGGUGAAAUUUAGCAAUAAUAAAUACAUGUUUUUUGGGGGGGUUUCUUUGCAUUAUCUUGUUGAUAGUUCCAUUGAUGACCCUUUUAUAUUUCCGUACUUUGCAGGCAUUGGCAAAUCAUUAUUACAUUUCAAAGAGGUAAUGUCACCAUGCACUUGAACAAGGAUUCCAGGGCCUUUGGAGGACAACUGGCCCACAGCAUCACAGGUCCUCCACUAUGCUUGAAGGGCAUGAUGUGCUUCUACAUAGUCAUUCUUUGCUUUAUUGCAAACCUUUUUCUAGUGGCUUUGUCAAAAAGCUCCAUCUUAGAGUCCUCGGAUUAAAUACAGGAUUCCAUUUAAAGUCCAUAUAGAGUUUCAACAUGAUUACGAUGGACAAACGUCUUUCUGGCAUAACUUCCAAAUAGUGGCUGUUGAAAGAGUCUUGAGGUCCACAAGAUCAAUACCAACAAUACAUUUUAAAUCCAAAUUCAAUAUGGCAGUGAAAAGGAGAGGUCUUUUGGAGUCUGUGGUUUUCCUAAAUGUUGCCACACAGUUUAUCUAAAAGUUGAACAAUGCCGAGCCUUAGCAGCUCUGUUGUUGGUGUGUAACACGUGUUCAUCAGAGCACACUGUUGAUCGAGGCAGAGCUCUUUAUCCACCCUGCUGGGAUGGAAGGCAGAGCUCAUUGUCAAACAUUACUUUUGGAAAUGUUUUUGAAUUCUUUAGAUGUGCUUGUGUUGAAUUUGUUUAAACUCGCCGUUUUUAAAUUUUUUUUUUAAUAUUAUUAUUAUUAUUUUUUGACAGAAUGGAUGUAAAUGUUAACUGAGAUCCAACCUCCAAACUUACUGCAGCCCAGAUUUCUUCGGGCCCUCAUACAGGCUCUAUAAUUCUUUGUGUUUGAAUGAUUAGAAGACGACUGGACCAGUGUUGUUUUCCUGUCGGAUGGAACGUAAUCACCACCUGGACUCUUUGUAAAUGUCCCUUUUCUGUAUUAAAGACUUAUGAAUCGAUUUGAACAGACCGACCAAUGUAACGCACAUGAAUAUUUUGUAAUAAUUAUUUAACUUGAAUGAAAGCAGGUGCAGCAGAAACGCCGGAUCUGUAUUAGUAGAACCUGCUGUGAUCCCCAAUAUAGGGAAAACCACACAACUACUACAGUUAGAUUCACAGUUGAUCCUUUUGUGCCAGUGUAAAACUGUACCUUCUAGUGUAGUUUUGAAUGUGAAGGUCUUGUUCUGUUUGACACUGUGUAAAGAUAACAGAGACCACUUGUUCUCCCAAACAGUCGAUGCUCAGCUGCAGACAUUGAGCCCUGAACUGCUGGAAUUCACACUGAUAAUCACCAAAACUAAUGCAGCAAAAGGAAACAUGGCACCUCUGUCCGCAUUACUGUUUAAGGAGACAUUUGUGUAGUUUACAGAACAGCAAAACUAUCAGGGAUCAUCUGCAUAUAAAACCACCUGGGAUGUCUUUAAAAUCAGAUUGUAAACGUGUCUGUUUCAGGAAGUUAGUGUCUCAGUAAUCCAGUAAACAUGUAGAGAAGUGAACUCCAUUGUACAUUUCCAGCCUGACCCAGCCACUGUGGCAAACAUCCUGCCUGGACUUGUGAUGAUGUCACUGCUUGGCCGAUCUCGAAGACAGAUGUUUACUUUUCCGCUCCAGUUUAAUAAUGAAUGUAUAAAUUAGAGAAUGUGUUCUGUAAGUAUUGUGCUGUCAUAGACCACUGUCCCCACAUCAGCAGCCUUAGUUCAAUGUGCUGCAGCUUAUGGAGCAGCUGUAAGGUAACGACCAUCAGAAGGUUGUGUUGGUAACCGUCUGUGUUUAUUAGUGCAGCUGUAAUAAAACCUGCUCAGGUUUCUGCAAACACUGGCAGAUUUCAGCCAAAUCUGUUUAGCACUGCUACUCACUCAGUAGAGCAUCUACUGCUGAUAUAAUAUAAUCUCCAUUUUUUUUAGUCACUGCCCAAAACAAUCCAAUGAUAUUGAAAGCAUCAACAAAGGAAGCUCAUGCCUAUAGGUGAUUUUUACCAGUGCCUGUCCUGCGUGUCUAAGAUGUUUCUCCACUCCAGCACAGCUGAUUUAAAUAAUUACAUUAGCUCUUCAGCAUGCUGUCAGCUGCUGCUGAAGCCUGUUAAUCAGCCACUUCAUUUGAGCCAGGUGUGCAGCGGCAGGGAAACGGCUAAACCCGAGGACCAGGGUUGGGAUUUAAAGAGCGCCGUAGUCCAGGGAUGCAGUCAGCGAGAAAAGUCUUAGUUAAAAGAGAAGACACCUUUUGUCACGCCCCUCAUGAAGUGUGUGGGCUUCACCAGAGUAGUGUUGAUAUAAUACAACCCACUAUUAAUUUAAAUAAAUAAAUCAACAUCAUAACGUGUCAAAUAUCCAUAAGAAGGAUGAGUUCCGUUUUUCCAACGAAACAAAUUAUAACAAACUAAAAGCAAGGAGAUUCUGCUGUACUCAGAUUAAAACUGAUUGAAAAUGUUGACAGUCAAACAUAAAACAAAGAUGCAGUGUUAGUUCUACUCUAGAAAUAGCAAAUAAAGAUGAAAAAUAAAGUUUUAUGAAAUUGUCCAUUCAAAAUAUUAUGUGACCGGUCUGACUUUGAUGGUCAAAGGGAGAAACCAGGAGAGAGGUUUUAUCUGUCUGGAGGUAAAACCUGUCUGGACACAAUCUGGCUUUUCUGCCCCAGCAGCAGCUCUACUUCUGUCUGAAAAAAAAAAAAACGUCAGGAAAUUCUGGUUUCUGGCACAGCACUUUUGGACAUGUUUAUGGGUCUGUAUUGUGGAUUUGAAACCAGGUGAAGUCUAAGGCAUAGAAGGAAAUUAAAAAAAAAAAAAUCUGCAGAGUUCUCAGACUAAAUAUAAACAAAUUUAGAGAAGCAAGUGAUGGAAACACAGUCUGACAAGGUGAUCCAUUUUGUUGAGCUGGAAAAAAACAGAACUUUCUGCCUAUUUGGUUUCUUUUGUGUCAGAUGUCAGCUGACAGUUUCUGGGGAAGGAGCCAAUAUGAAGUGCAUAUUAACCAAUCAGAAGCAACGUUGGGAUACAACAAUGGGCACAUCACAUCAGACAGCCAAUACAUCUUGUUUUAUUUUUUCUAUCUUUAUAUAAAACAGAGGGACACACUGACCAAUUUUUAAAUUAACUGUUCAUAGAGUAUUUGUGAUUAGUUAUUGCGGCUAUUGGUUGGUAGCGCAGAGUAAUGCAGGUUAUAGCUAUUACCUUAAUAUAGGUAUAAGGCAUCAGCAUUAUCUUAUGCCUAUGUUAAGGUAAUGAGAAUAUUCUAGGCGUAAAACGGAAUGUUUGUAAAAAGAAAAAAAAGAAAGAAAAAAACAUGUAUUUAACUCACAAUUGAAUGACUGCCAAGCACUUUGCUGCAAUCCAUUAGUACCAUUUUAUAAUUCUGAAAUCCAACAAACUAUGAUGAACCACAUGCAGUAAAAGCAUAAAAUGUCAUAUUCAUCUUCUAAAUAGUACCAAAAAGACAUCACAAAGGAACAACAACGACAAAAAAAAUCUGUAAUAGGAACUUCAGGCAGAGCCAAGGAGCCGAAGUAGCUGCUCUUAGCAAUGCUUUUACUCUACCGCAUCAAAGUGCAUUUACUACCCAAUAAAAUAGUAGAAUGUUGUCUUAUCAGCAUGUAUCUUUGAUCACUUGAGGGUCACUAAAAUAGGACCAGAAGGAGAAAUAGGAAGAAAGAAACGGGGUCUGUUUUUCCUGAAAUGACUGAAAGUGUUGGAGCUCUGGUUCUAGUAAAGUCCUGCAACACACUCAUCUGCUCUAGAAGAGCCUGGGCCAUUCCUCAGUCGUAUAUUGACACUUGGUGACUUGAUGAGACAAAAGGUUAAACCCAGCCAAGAGUAUUUUAGUGAUUUUCAAUAAUCAACGUUCGGUAGGUCAGCUUGUUUCCAUGUUUCUUCUUUGUGUAAAUCACAAAGAAAAACUGAAUCGCUGCUCCAGACUUUUACUUUCAGUCACUUCUUAAUUGGACCUGUUGACUAAACCUCAGCUGAACUUCUUUAGAAAACCGAACUAGAGACGACUCCACAAUCCCACAAUGCAUCUUUCAUGACUUGUUAACGCCAUGCGGGACUGUACUGGCUGAGCUCUGUUAAAUGCUGUGUUCAUACUGAGCUUCGUGGAGAACCAUGCAGAUGCUUUAUGCCGCGGUGUGAUGCAGCAUAUUCUGUACAGGCUUCCUGCUGCAAACAACCUGCUGGUUUGUUACUCUUUAUGAAUAAACAACCUGCCUGUUUAUAUGUA